GUGCGACCAUGGGAAAAAGAUUGUCUGUAAGCUUUAUAAACUGGCAUCUUCAUCCCGCAGGAUGGGGAUUGGCGGGGUGUACGGAGUACGGAGUAAAGAAUUAGCAACACGCCCUUGCGGGUGACUAGUUGCAUGCAGGUAGGAAGUAAAAUGGAUGUCAUCUUUUAGCACUUCUCUUCUUCCUCAUCUUCUCACUUCUCUCCUCAUACAGUCCGACAUACCCUUCUCAAGAUCUCAAGAGCUAUCAAGACCUUUUAUUCUCUUUAGCAAACCAUCAUUCAUCAGUCGUUACCACACUACGCCUUCCCCCACCACAAUGCACCACCACAUCGUCGCCCUCGAAACCGUCCACCAACCCCUCCCGUCCUCCUUCUCCUUCCCCCCGGGAACGACCUACACCCUAACCACAUACCCCACCACGCCCCCCACCCUCCUCGCCACCCGCAUCCACCCGGCAACCAUCCUCAUCGUCACCACCAUCCGCCUCCCUGCUUCCCUCCUCCUCGACCCCACCUGCACCCCAAACCUCCACCUCAUCGCCAUCAUGGCCACGGGCACCGACCCCGUCGACCUCGCCGCCUGCGCCGCCCGCGGCAUCCGCGUCGUCAAUUGCCCCGGCGCGAACCUCGAUGCCGUCAGCGAGCACGCCAUUGGGUUGUAUUUCGCGGCGAGGAGGCGGACGGUGCUGCUGGAUCGGAUGGUGAGGGAUAGAAAGAGGCCGAGUGUGUGGAAGGAGAGGGGGAGUUUGAAGAUGUGGAUGGAGACGGGGGUGGAAGGGGAAGGGGAAGAGGGAAAGGGGUGGGGGAGGAGGCCGCCGUUGACGUGUCAGGAGGAGGUAAUGGGUGUGGUGGGUUAUGGUGGGUUGGGGAGGAGGAUUGCGAAACUCGCGAGAGGGUUGGGGAUGCGGGUGGUUGUUUCGGGGAGGAAGGGCGAGGUCGUUGACACGGAUCCAGUAGUGGACGGGGAGACUAGGAGCGAUGCAGAGGAAAAAGUGGAAAAGGAGGAAGACCAAGACCAAGACGAAGACAUCAUCCCCCCCUUCUCCGAAACCGAAACCUCCGACAACCCCACCCGCCUCCCCUUCACCACCGUCCUCCGCCUUUCCACCGUCCUCGUCCUCUCCCUCCCCCGCACCCCUUCCACCCUCAACCUCAUCUCCGACCCAGAACUCGCCCUCCUCUCCCCCCACACCCUCAUCGUCAACAUCUCCCGCGGCGGCAUCGUCGACGAAGCCGCCGUCAUGGCCGCCCUGCGCGAGCGCCGCAUCGCGGGUUACGCCACGGAUGUACUAGCUGUGGAACCCGCCGAGGGCGAGGAGGACAGUCCCUUGUUGAGCGACGAGGCCGAGGGGUUGAAUGUCACGGUGACGCCGCACCUGGCGUGGUUCGCGGAGCGGACGUUGAGGAAUCUGGGGGGGAUCUUGAAGGAGACGGUUGAGGCGUGGGUGGGUGGGAGGCCUAUUAAUGUGAUUGUCUGAGGAGGGAUGAUUGAUAGAUUUGGAAAAGAGCAUAUAGAAUUGCAUCAU